CUGAAGACACUGGAAUUUAUAGCAACAUGAUAUUUGACGGCUGUUUAAGUGAAUCCUGAGCUUUCGGAAGCCAACGUUUGGUUUGUUUUCUCAGAGAAAGGGCGUAUGAAUUCUCUUACAUACGGUGUUUCGUUUGCAAGGUAAGCGUUUUCACAAAGUUGUUUGUCCGUUUAAAACUUAUUAAAUAACUAAUUUCGACAUUUAACGAACGACCUGUGUAAAUUGAGAGUACUGAGGGCAAAACCUUUCCUCGUUUGCUAAGAUAGAAUGUUUCCAGCUAUGUUAGGAACUGAUGUGCGUAUUUAUAACAGUGAUCUGAGUUGAUAUCGAUGGCAUGAUUAUAAACUUGCGUCGUAAAACGUGUAAAUAGUUAGUUAGACAAUUCAUCGAGGUGCUAAUGCUAUCGUUACCUCGCCAAAACUUAGUAACACUGUAACUGAGUCAAAUUAAUCACAGCUAUAACAGAUAUUUCACAGAGAAGUGAGCUAAUAUCCAUGAGAGGUCGAAAGUGAUUACUUAAAAAUAUUAUCGUUACAAUUAGCUCAAUCCGUCGUUUACUGUUCUAUGAGAACAGAAUACUGUGACUUAAGGAAUCUAUUCGCAAAAUGAAACACACCGAAAUUCAAAAUUUUUGUCUAAUCCUCUUGAUGUUGUUUAUAAUUACUUCUGAGAGGGAAAGAAAAACAAAUUAAUCUUUAUUUUAGCGAUAGGAGAGCUCGAAAAUGAAGGAUUUUCUCCGAAAAUUUAAAAGAAUAAACGCUGUUUAAAAACUUGAUUAGAGUAAUAGUUUUGAAUGUAGAUCAAAUGGAGUACAUUUCAGCUCAUAAAAAUCCAAUUAUUUUAAUAAUUGUAGCUCAAAGAUUCCCAAAUUGUUGAUGAUCCCCAGAUGUAGAUCUGUAUACUGAUAUUGAUCGAAUUUUCUGGUCAUUAAUUGCAUUAAUGCCCUAUCAACAGCUGGAAAAUUACUAUAGGAAACUUAAAUCAAUAGAGGAAUGUUUUUGAUACAAUCUUAAUUCAUUAAACAGUAAAUGGGAAGAUCAUGUUGAAUAUCCAAUUUUACAGACGUUGAAUUCUUUGCAAGGGAACAGAUGUAGUGGUGUUGUUAUUUCAAAUAUUUUGCCUGUGGGAUAGCAGAGGAAAAUAACGGACUGUUACAUGCUGUUAAUUUCUUUUUGAGAAACUAUUUCUGGCUAACCCCACUUUACUCAACCAAUCAAGAUACAAAAAAAUCACUGAGCUGGAACAGAAAAUGCAUCAUUAAUUUGGCAUAAAUUGCACUAAUGGGUUUUCAUUUUGAUCAAAUUCACAAUUAUCUGGUCUUGUUAUGAAUUGUAAAUCUAAUAAGAGUGAGCUGUUUCCAAUGCAAAAUCUUUUCUUUAACAUAUCCAUGGUAUCUUAUGCUAAACAAACAUUCACUUCUUUGUUAAGUUUUCUGUACUGUUAGCAUCUAGAAUUUAAUGACUCACUUUUGUUUGUUUUAUUUUCAAAAUCUUGUUUUGAAUUUUGGUCUUCAUUAAUGUGUAGAGAUUAAAUGGUUUUGAAUAGCAGAGUCCUAUGGAUAUCAAUGUGAUCCUUUUUUUGUGAUCUUAAAGUAAACAUGAAAGUUUUUUUCUAUUGUGUGCAUUCAUAUUUUGAAUGAUGCUCUAUUUAAAUGGAAAUUAACUAUGACCUCAGUGAGCAAGUCUGCAUAAAUUAUUGUUAUUUUAUUCAUGUGAAGGUCAAUGUAAUGAUCCUAUAUGGAUUAGAAGAGUUUGAAAAUGAAUUUUGAUUUAUAAUUAUUUUUUAUAUGAUCUUGUUAAAUUGGUUAAUGGGUCAUCUUAAAGCUGAAAGUAUGCCUGGCACCCUUUUUUUACAAAACCUGAUGCUGCUUGUUAUGAUCUGUGACAAUCGAUAAUUUGGGAUAAAUUAUUAAAUAGUUGACCAAAACCGUUGGUUAAUUUCAAAUGUGUGGUGCUUUCAGUUUUAUUUAGGUUUAAGUAUGAUAAUGGCAAUAAAUCAAAAGUGUAUAGAAUUGAACCAAUGAUAGAAUUUAGCCACAAAGACUGUGUAUUCCACAAUAAGUGGCUGUGUAGAAGAGGAAUAAAAGUUAUUUUUUAAAAAUCUUUUUGAACAGACAUUGUUCCAUCACAGCUACAGCAAAUAGAGUUUUCUGUUCCAUUUUGAUUUACUUUACUAAAACAGGGUUAUUUUUUUUUGUUUAGAAAAGAAGAAUUUAGGAAUUAAUUGUUAUAGGUAAUAUCUCUGAUCUGUGAGUAAACACUGGAUUAUAGAAUAUAUGAAAACAGUUGCAUAUCAUGACAGAUUUGGGAAGAUUUUUCACCUCUCUGGCAAAUAACUGAAUUCAUUAUUAACUUAUAAGCUGUUUAUCAGAAGCUAAAUUUUGAUAGUCAUUUUUCAAUUUAGUGUACAUUGUCUUUAAAUACAUCGCUAUUCUUGCUGAAAGUCUGAGUAAAUUUAAGAUGAAUCUGAAGUGGUGGGGGAAUAAAGCCAUAGAUGACUCUUCACACAGUAACAAAUUCUCCUUGUCUGUGUCUGAAUCAUCCAUCAGGAACUAAACGGACUCACCACUGCUCAUGCUGUGUCCAGGAAGACAGCACCCUUAAGUAAGUAAGACGGUAUAUGGAUGGCAACAAGCACAGGUCCCUGGGAUGAAACUGAUGACAGUGCAAGCUAUGAUGCAGUGCCAACGAUGCGUCCUCCAAAAAGAAGCACUCUCAGAGUGAGCCACUUGCGUCGGCCUUAUGCACGACCCCCUUCACCUCCUCGCCAUGCCUCUUCUUCAAGAUCAAGGAUUGGGGGUGGAGUGGUAGCUGAGAAAGUGGAGGACCUUGCUGCUUCACUUCAGGCCACAACAGAAGUGUUGUCCACAGCAGAUCGCAUGUUAGAGCACUACAGGGAUAUAAACGUUGAACAAGAUGAAGAAAUUGCAAAGGUAACCCCCCACACCCAGUAAUCUGACUGGCUAAUCUCAUGCAGGACUUUUUUACUGAUUGAUGUUUGAAUCAAUAACUUUGAUGUGCAAGGUUUUUAUUUUAAUUUGUAUUUUGUACCUGUAGCUAAGAGCUGAGCUUGAAAAGUCUGCUGAUAUUCUAAGACGAGAAAGAAUCUCAAGAAGACGGAGACUCCCUCCUACUCCUUCAUCUUCGCAGGUAAUACUUUUUUUUUUGUUGAAACAACUUUUUUGGGUUAUGUUCCUUAAACUUAAAAUUUAGCAGCAAAGCAACAAGGCCUAUCUAAAUUAUCCACAUGAGUGGAAUACUAAUUUUUUUUAGUUUCCUAAAAAAAUUGAUGUAGGCACCCUGUGCUCUAAGAAGUGGGGCGUAAGAAAAGAAAGUCCAGUACUUCAAUAAUUUACUCUCAAAACUUUGAUCAAAAUGGAUUUAUUUGACUCUUAUUUUAAAUUCUUUUUCGUAGUCUGAGGAUGAACAUGGCAGACCAGCAAGGAAAAGAGGUUCAGUGAGAUUUGGCAAAGAUGUCCGAUCAGAUGUAAGUAAAUUAGUGUCACUGUUUCUAAUCAUAAUUCCUUUGCACCUAUUAUUAGCACUUGUAUUUUCCACACUGUUCUCUUUACAACCGCUAUAGAACUGACAAGGAGAAUUUAUUUGACAGUCAGGAACUUUUUAAAUUGGUGAUCAUUUCCUUUAUUCCUAUGACUUAAACUUUUGAUUCAAUGUUGACACUGUAUGGAGAAAUUAAAUGCUGAUCACUUCUCUUUAUCAUACUUUUUACAGGUUGACCAGCUGCGGGAGGCUGUGAGAAACCUAAAAAGUGAACAAAAUCGCCUGACUGGAGAAAUUGAAAGGGAAAGGGAGGAGAGGGAAAGGUGGGUUUUAUCAGCAGGAAUGAUGUGCACCUAUUGGGCUUGAUUAGGGAGUAGAAAAACCAGUAUCUCUCUCACAAAUAAUGUUCCACUCACCUCAUAAUAAUUUUUGUGAGUUUCAAGGGUGUGACAAAGAGGGGGUUUUUCUUGCAUACAUACAGCCUCUCUCUUUGUCAAGAAAAAUUGUUAAUUUAUGAUUAAAAAGGCCCCCUUUCAAACCAGCUUGCUGCUGGACUGGGCUAGCCUGCUCAAAAAUUGUCAAUAAAUUAAUGAAAUAAACAAAUUGAGAUAGCCCAGCAUACCUCAAAAUGCCUUCAAGAUGUCAGAGCUGGACACCUCUGAAAUCUGAACAAUGGGUUUUCAACUGUUAGUGUACCACAUUGUUGGCAUUCUCAAGUUCAUGAUAUCUCUGUAAUCUGUUUUUUUCCUUUUUUCGGUGUCCAUAAACAGGGUUGGUGGUGACUAUAGUUAUAGCGGUGCUAAUAGGCGAGACCAGCUAGGACCCAGUGGAACAUCAGGUGAUAUCAGUAAAGUUUAUUUCUUUGUCAUCAUUUCCUUACUAAUCGCCAUUUUUGUUGCUUGCUUGCAUUUAUUUACACAUAAAAACUUGUUUACUUUUUUGUCUAGAAGUCGUCUCCAGAGCAGAUUUGGCAGAGAGGUAUAGCAAUUUGAAUGAGAUAAUUUGCUCUCUCACUUAUAAUCCAAGUACUUGAGAGAGAUGUCGUUUUUGCACUGCUGUUGUGCUCUGUUAAUUCCACUUUGAUUUUUGAUCAGGGAGAGGCUUCUUAAUGAGCUGCGGGAAACUGAAGAAGCAAGCAGACGUCAAGCUGAAGUUCUUGUUAAGGUUUUUAUAUCUAUUUAUCAAUUUUGUUUUAUCUUACUGAGCAAGUAUUUUGCAGUCUCUCUCAAACUGAAGGUAGUGCCUAAUGGCAAGAGUUGUUUGACUCUGCAGGGACUGGAUGCUGAGCGAGACGUCCUUCGAGAAAGCCAGAGAUUAGCCUCAGAGAGAGACCGAGAACUAGAAUCAUUAAGACAACAGGUUAGCCAGCUGUUAUGAAGAUUAUAAAGAUUGUCACUAGCAUGAAAUCAGAAAAUUUGAUUUACCCGUCCUAAUGCCUUUCUAAAAUUUUUACCAAAUAAAAUUGUUCUCAGAAGAAAUUGCAGUCAACCUGAAGCACAAAAAUGUGUUCAUCAAACAAACGCACACACGCGCGCAUGCUCAUAUACGCGCGCAUGUACACGCGUACUCUCUCGAAACUGCCACCCCCCCAAAUAAACACCCACAAAGUUCAUGUCACGUACCUGUAACGAUGCAGGCAGGUAAGUAUAAAUUACUGCAUUGAAUUCCACAUCAAAACAUCCAGUUGGUUCAAUUUUUAUCUCAGUCUAAAAAUUAAGCAUAAUAAUUUAAUCCCUCUCUGUUACGAAAACUUCUAACUAAUAAUUUGAUUUUCCGCUAACCGCAAUACAGACUGGAUUAAUUUCUAACCGAAUUCCUAUUAAAACGAUUAUGUGAGAUGAGUGCUUUGAUUUUACGCCUAAUUGAAUUAGAAUCAGCAUUUAACGCGCAUCUGCACGUUGACAUAUAAUCCACUAACGGUUAAUCAAAAUAUAUGUAACGAUUUGAUUCUGCAGUGACAGCCUCCCGUUUCGAAUAUUCCCUUGAGUUCGUUCAUCUGCUGAGGAUCUUGAACGGUUUUUUUUCUACUGGUUUAAAAGUGUUGUCUACAAGUUGUACUCGCGAUUGGAGUAUUGUUGAAUUCGUUUAAAAACUAGCAAAUGAAUGAAAAUAAUCUGUAAAGAGAAUGUGCUUGUAGCUCUGAAAGGGUUGAUAAGCUGGAGCGUUUGAAGAUGCAACUAGAUAAAAACAAAGCAAUGAAAACUACUUUUUUCAGUUUUGGUAAAAUUUUGAUCGAUAAAUUAACCUAUAAUUUUCAAUUCUGCGUAAAGGCCGCGUUGUCGUUUAGGGCGGUUAACGUUGAUGCCGAUUUCACUGCAGCUAACCUAGGAUAUGAGUUAAUCUGGUGUUUAACAAUCCAGUUCCUCUGCUAAUCUUACAACUGACAACUAAUCCUUUUACUUGCUGAUUGCUUAAACAAGAUUUAUUGGCCCGGAAGGUUUGAAACUAUUUUUUGAAACGGAUUUGAAGUUGUAUUAUAUCUGAAGGCAAGCUGUUUUCCUGAAUGGCGGGAAAAUGGAACACUGCAAAAGUGAGACUGAAUCUCAUUGCUUUACACAGUUGCAGGCAAAUCAAAAAUCGCAACAAGAUGAAAUUGAAAAUAGACUCAAGGAAAUUCAACAUGAGGUAAACUCAGUCACGCACUUGCUGAACUUUUUCAGAUGCAAUGUUAAGUAUUUUCUAGCAACGAUAUCCCAUUUACUUUGAUUUUACCUAAAUAGGCUUUUAUCACCUGCACGAUUACUCGCCAAAAGUUUCUGAAGCCAAGUUUAGACUCCGAAUGUAAGACCUCGAAUUUGAUAAAUAAUAAUGAAAAUUUAUUUGUAACUAUUUAUGCGCUAAGAAAAACCCCAGCGUCUCUAUCCACUGCACUGAAUGCACCGACAUGUCUUUUGUCUGGGAGCUUUCUUCAAUCUUCAGUCUCUCUCUCUUUGCUGUGUGCGAUCACCAGAUGCGAGCAGAGCGAGAAUCUUGGGAGAAGAAACAACAGGAAGUCGGUCAACUCGCCAGUGAAUUGCGAAAUGUUCGGGUAACUACUUUCUUCAUACGUACAUUCUUGUUUUGCUCUGAAAAAAGGCAAAACUCUCUUUGUUUUCUUCUUGUGAAAUGAGGACUUUAAGUCUUAAAAUAAUCUAAGUUGUUAAUUGCUACGAUUAAGCUUUCUCUAGAGAUAAAGUUAACACAAAAAAAAUUCGUACCUAAACCAAAAUAUCCAUUUUUUUUCGCUCCCUGAAGAAUCUAUAAUUUCUAGCUGGUUAUUUAACAAUAGAUCAUGGCCUAGGAGGAUGUUUGUUAGGCUCUAAAAGUGCUACCUAAAAUGUCGACACGGUUUGCUUUCGAGUCGUUGCAAAAUUUUGAUGGCUACUCGAGGAACUCUGGUCACUGAAACACAAAUUAAAAAUAUAAAAUUUAUUCUAAUAAAUAUCUAGAAUAAAUGCUGGGAUUUCCUCUAUUUUUUCUUUGAAACGAAAUACUUGUGGAGUAAACCUUUUUUGAAAUUGAUCAAUAAAUUUUUCCUUGAACUUUUGUUGUUGUUGUUAAAAUUUAACUCAAAACUCUUCUCUUCUUUUCCUGACGCAGUCACAAAGCCCACUUUGGCAAAGCUUUUUUCUUACAUUUUAUAUGAUUUGUUGCAUCCCUGCAGAGUUUGUUGGAUGAAGCCAAUGACACGAAGAUGCGAGAUGAAAUCCGAACGGUGGCAAGGUAUCAGUAAAUUGUCCUCGCACCAAUGUGUCUUCUUACUGUUUCAGUCUCAGCUGUGAUGGGGUUAAUAACCAGGUUUGAGUGAAAAAACGUUGACCAGAAGAUCAGAUCAUAUCGAUGGAUGUUCCCCUUUGGUGAUUUGUGUGUGCCGUGUUUUACUCUUUUUUUAAUACCUUAGCAAAGUGCGACAACUCACAGGGUAACGUUGGUCGUAGUAAAUUGUAGUUUCCAGGGAUUUCCUAGCGAUCUUUCACUUGAUCGUAACUUGAAAGCGUCCUCAAUAUUGCGCACGCGCCACUUUUGACACAUCGCGUGGUCAUUUCCAAAUCACCUUUAUGAAACAGCUAAAGCUUUGAGCCACGAAACCUGAAUUAAAAAUCUGUGCGAAAUUAUCUGAAGCUUUCCCGAAUCUUAACUGUCAAAACAAAAUAAUGCUGCAGCUUACAAUAGCCUGCAAUUAAUGUUCCUCCUCCUACCCUAUAUCGCCUAUCUUCCACCCCUCCCUGAUUAAUUACAAUGGCCCUUCUCUUAUCCGACCCUGGCUCGCUUCUUUUUGGCACGUCAUGAAAGAAUUUUGCUUGAUCGUUUUUUUUAUUAGUGAGCUAGAGUCUGAACGCAGGGCCCUGGAGGAGAGCGAGAGAGAGAAGAGAUUACUUGCUUCACGUUUGGAAGAUUUAUCGGGGAGACUGGAACUCUCAGAGAGGGAACGCCGAGAGGUAUAGUUAUGUUUUACACUUUAAAAAUCCAACCUCGUCCCUAGGAGUUUCUCGGCCAGAUUGCUCUAUCCUAGAGGCCAGUGUUGAGAAACCUAUGGCACGCAGCUGAUCAUGUUGUUGCGAGAUCCUUGCAAACACGGAAGCCUGAAAGGAAGGUCCCUCUCGAUCGACCUCUAUUUUGUAAACUGACCGAGAAAUCUCUGGACAGGAGAUUGCAAAAAAAACCUUUCAGGAUUACAUCACGCAUGAACAGAAUUACCAUUUGUGGUACCUAACUUAACUCAACGAUGUGUUUUAGGUCAUGGCCGAGUUAGAAGCUGCCACAAAAAGACUGGACCAGAGCGAAGGAGGAAAAAACGCGCUGGUAGAUCAGGUUCGUAAGGCAACCUCGUUUUCAUGAAGAAAUAUCCUGAAAGCGGGGAGGAGAUACAUAAAACAACUCGCAAAACAUACAGCUCACCUAAAUGCUGGGAUGCUUCGUUAAUUUUGAACGCAUUUUCAAAUGUCUAUUUGUUAUCUCUGCAUUUGUGCAGUAAAAAGAUAGCCACCAUAGCAGUUGUCAAUUGGAUAUCGAAACUGUAUCAGAAAUGGCGUCGUUUUUACUUCAUUACGUUUCGUUAUCAGUUUGGUAUACCAGAGCCACCCUCUCGACCAAUCAGUUACAAAACUAAAACUAAUCGUAGCUUGGCCAUCUGCGUUUUCCUGCGCUUCAGGCAGCGUGCUUGUUCCUACUUACAUCCCAUUAAUUCCUUGUAACAUUUACUUUUUGUUCUGGUAGGCUAUUUUGUUAACUUUGCUUUUGGUUUUACGGAACUCCAUCAGAAAACACUAUGGUUUCUUUGUGGUAGAAGAAAUAGCGUGCUUCUUAUCGAAAGAUUUGUCACCUUUUCGCUGUUUUUUUAAAUACAUGGCCAAAUAUUUAUUCGACAUUUUUAAUUCGUUCUAAAGGCAGAGCAAUUACGUCAACAGUUUUCACGCUCAGAAACUGAAAAGACCGAAUUGUCGAGGAAACUCGAAGAGGCCCAAGCUAAACUAGAGGACAACGAGUCGACUCGCAAAAGACUUCAGAAUCGGUUGGAAGGUUUGAAUCGACAGAUGGAGGAAGGACAAGGAGACCGCGAUCGUCUCGUGGAACAACUUGAAUCUCUUAGAGGACAGGUGUGGAGAAGAUUGAAUUAAAAUUUGUCAUGCGAUGCUGGCACGGCGUCGUGCGCUAUAUCAUAGAAGGAGCCUAGGGAUGAUUCCGGUCACAGCAUACAGGGGCGUAGCAAACCGGGGUCCAGGAGCGCUCAUGAACUGCCCCAUCUUCCUUCCUAUGGGGGAUAAUUUUUGUUUAAUUCAGGUGGCGAAAACGCGCGAAUCCAAAGAAUCUGCAUGAAAUAAUAAAAUAAAUCUUUUCGAGUGCUAUGUACGCCAAUUUCUGGCCCUCGUCUCACAGUUGAUAGCCCUUUGAUUCAGAGAAAGAGCAUAGAUGUAAACUACUUAACGAGAGACUUAAGGAAAUUCAUAGCCAAGACUUCCCCUACGCUCCCGGCUUAUUCCGGUUUUGCAUGGCGACUAGCAUUACAGAUACUCCUUCUGGUUUCAAUGCUUGUUUCCACGAAAGAUUACUAUAUCCAUUUAUACUUGUGACUGGAGAAGAGUCAAGGGAAAGAUUGUUAGCCUUUACUGUAAAGUUGAAAGGCAUAAACGUCAACUUGGCCCUUUGAGGAGUUGGCUGGAGACGCAGGCGGCUGCCAGUGUUCAUGACAUUUCGUAUUUAUUUGGUCAAUGAAACUUUAUCUCCAGCAGGGAAAGUUAAUCAAUGUCAAGACAAUCAUAAACUUUAAAUUUAUUCCUUUUAUUUUGCUGUGUUCAGGUUGCGAAGUCCGAGCGAGAAAAAGAUGAAAUUAUGCAACAGGUGUCAAGAAUGACGAGAGGCGCGGCACAUAGACGUCAAUCAGUGGGGAGAACCCCUUCAGCGGCAGCUCAAUUAAUGAGGAACAUGGGUCGGACCGAGGGGCCUGGGGGAGAUAGUGCGUCUGAGAUGAGAAGGAACUUGGACCGAUUCGAGCUGGAGCGGGAUCUGGAUCGGAGGAAUCAUCUGGGGGAUUCGUUCUAUGAUGGGCCGUCUGGAAGAAAUUUCAGGGGAGGGGAGGAUAUGGACAGGUAUAAUAAUUGAAAGGGUUGAAUCUGCUCUUGAGCCUUAGCCUGGCUUCUUGGGCAUGAAACCCGCAUCCCGUGGAUGGGAUGGUAAUCCAUUACAGAUCAAGACUUCAUAAGAUUUCCUGGACAGUUCACCUUUACCCUGGGUGGAGAGAAGUAUUUAGAGCAUAUUGAUAAACAUUACAGCACAAUGAAACGGCCAGGUCUGGAACUCGAACUUCUUAAACCGAAGGCCAGCUUGCUAACCAAGAGGCAGAAUAUGACUAUGACAAAGUUGAUGUCCAAGGGGAAGUUUCCCAUUAUAUCCGGCAACGCGGUUACACUGUGUUGAUAUAAAUGGGAACUUAAGUAUCCUGACCGUAAGGAGAAUGCCCCUUUGAUAUCAACUUUGUCUUAACCAGAUCUGUAACGCAGUAGUUGGCUCUUUCUCGAUUCUUCUGUGUUUUCCAAAAAUUAUGGUGAAGUGCAAAUAACUUAAAGAAAGAAAGUGUUUUUGUUACAGUCAAUGGUUUGAACCUGGGGAAGGGGGGGGGUGACAUGUGAUAGUGUUGUCUGAUCACCCGGGUGAGUGUAGUCCUGAGAAGGACUGUUUUCGAUGGUGGUGGCCAACGUUUCUACAAUCUGAGCAGAAGUCAUCAUCAUAGUCAAGUGAAUGCCUGUGAUCAGUUGACCCCGACUUGACUCUGAUGAUGACAUCCGCUUAGGUUGUCGAAACGUCAGUCACCACUACCAACAACAGUCCUUCUCAGGACUGCACUCACCCGGACGAACAGACUACACUUUCAAAGUGUUUUCUGGAAGAAACAUUCUCUGAGCUCGAAACUUAAGUGAAUAUAUUCUUACCAGCUUUUGUAUUUUUGUUAGAUUCGACCUGUUGAACAACUUGGAACAUCUGCACCAGGACAUGGAUCGGAAGGACGAACAGCAGGAGAGGUUACUCAGCCAAAUGCGGGAACUGCUGACCAAGUAUGAAGAGAGCGAAGAACAAAAAAAACGGUAUAUGAACGAGCUAGAAGCUGUGAACAAGAAACUCAAGGAGGCGAAUAAAGAUGUACAGGAACUGGAAGGACAACUGGGGGACAAAGAGAACCAGCUGAAAGAGAGCGAUAAGAAAAGAACGGAGCUGAGGAACAAAGCUCUGCAAUCAAUAAAAGAGUAAGUAUUUUUAGGGUAGCGUUUGCAUAUAAAGCGCGCUAGCGGAGCCUCAUACACAAGAAAGUCCAAGCAACCGGUGAUCAACUGGGAUCCCAUCUAAGGGGAGUAACAGUACUUCUUAUCACUGUAUGCCACAGUAACCGUGAUAAGCUCCAACUUGAGGGUCCUUUGGCUUGAGCGCAGGCCUUAUCUUACUUUUGUUAUAUUAUCGCCUCACUACUUCAUUCUAUCAAUCAAUGGCGUUACUUGGUUUUAGGUAUCGUUCUAAAUGCAAGAAACUGGAAAGAGAGGCGGAACAAGGACUCGCAGCUCACUCGCAAGAACCAGUGGUAUUUAAUUAAUUCAAAUUUUCAUUCUUAAUGCGUGUCUUGAAUUGUUUGUGUUAUUUUGUUGCAUUCUCUCGAGGCUUUACGUACUUACGUUACUUCAUCGGUGGAGACUUUGUUACUUUCGUCCACCAUUUCAGGCAACUAUAAGUUUGAAUUACGAUUUGAAUAAUGAGUUAAAUGGGGUAAACGCUUUUGUUUUUACAAUUUUUCUUUGUUGUUGUCAGCCGACCUUUGCUUCUUGAUUGCAAGGUGUUUAAGCCUUUUAUAAAGAAUGAUUUAUAAUCGUUUUAAGAGAUUCCUCUCCAUUUAUUUCAAUUCUUUUUCUCUAAUUUAUUUAGAAAGAGCUGAGGGAAAUCAAAGAACUGCGGGCUAAAAUCGCCAAGCUGGUUUCCAAGCUCCAAGAGGAAGCCGAACAACGACAGGUGAGGAGAGGGGACUGGAAAUAAUGAUUAUAGGACCAUUUCAUUCUCCAAAUUGAAAAACUUGCAAGAUUUCAAUAAAAAUUCCUCGACGUGCUACUGAUGUGAAGGCCAUUUGGUUUAUUCUAGGAAGAGGGGGUCAGCUUUUGAGAAGGACUAGUCUUCAGAAUACCUACCUGGGUUUUCCUGUGAUGUUUCUAUAAUUUUUAGGAUGCUUCUUUAGAAUUUUGCAGAUACCUUGCUAUUCGGCAUGUUGAAUGCGAAAUGAAACAACGAGACGAACUCCAGAGUUCUUAAUUGUAUGCAUCUGAGUUUGGGUGAAUGUUGAGAGAUGCAGCUGCAUUAUUUAUCAAUGCCGGUUCAAAAGAAAAGUUCUUUGUACUUCGUGCGGCCGGGAACUCACUUCCAGGAAGGGAAAGGUUGGGUUAGACUCUCUCUGAUCUCAAAUGGUUGUUGACCACCUGCCUUUCACAUCAUACAGGAUUAUGAACAACGAAUUUUAGAAGCCAGACAACAAGAUAGAGCAACGAAGGAGGAAGCUGCUUCGCUUUACGCUCAGCUGCAACAAGUAUGUAAUCAUUCAAAGUGCAAAUCAUUUCCAUCCCAAUUUAAUAAAAUGCUAAAUUCUAAAAUGUUUCUCGUCAGGAACGGGAUGCCCAUACGAAUGCGUUGAGAGAGCUUGAGGAGCAAAUCCAGGCCCUCACGGUUUGUAUCAAUCCUUUUUUGUCUGCAGUUAGCGAAGCAUGCAGACUAACGAACACUUUGGACUUCCAUUUGAAGAACAUCCUGUCUGUUGACCAUUAUCUUCCAGGCUAAUCACGAACAAGCUCUACAAGACGCCGCUAAAAAGUCAAAUAAAGAGAGAGGUGAAGUAGAAGAUCAAAUUGCGGACAUGAAGGUAAUGCGGUUUGGACAGACUCAAUUUCAUCGAUUGGGUCCACGGUUUACAUUUGGCAGAUAUCUAAGGAAGGGUUUAAAUAUAAAAAGCGAAAUACCUCGUCACAGACACAAAAACAUGUACAAAUGCUUAUGCUGGAUACGUAAACGGAAAUGGCCAACCGUUAAAAGAAAAUGUUAAUGGUUGAGGAGGGACAUUUGAAGGUCUCCUUUUUACUCAGAGAUCGAGCCCAAAAGGGAUAGGAUUAACCAACAAUUUUAUUUACGUCCUUAAAUCGUGCCAUAAUGCUUUUACAUUGCGCUACUAAAAUAGCCUCUGAGGUGACUUUCAACAACUGUCAUGUAUGGCUUUUCACACAGAUUCAACUUGCGGAUGAAAAGUCAACUAUAAAAGCUUUACGAAAACGCCAAGAAAAAGAUAGAGAGGAAAUGGAGAAACUUAACACUGAACUUAAUGUGUAAGUAUUCACAAUAAUUAAACUUAAAACUUGAGCAUAUGAAAGUCUUACAGGUACAAGCUUUCCAUCACCUUUCCAUUUCUGAGCGUUCGGUUGUUUUGGUAAGUUCUUAUUCAGCAAUUCAACAUCAGACAGAUCAGCUCCUUUUACCAAACGCAGAUCUUGCGACAAAAAAAAAAAUGAAGUGACCCUUGGACGAGCACACCUCGAAUAGCUGUCGCAUUUUAAUUUGACCCUUUCAACGUUAUGUUUUGCCCAAACUUUGACUCAUUUUGGUUCAGUAAUUGUAAUUUUGUCACCCACCCUAGAGCAUCAGAGGAGAACGCCAAGUUGAAAGCUCGCUUAGAACAGGGCAAAGAAGAAACGGAGAACUUGGUUUGUAAAUUAAACAAUAACGUUUUCACUUUGAAAUUUUUGCAUGUUUUGUGCAAUAUGUUUCGUCUUUCUUUGUUUUCAACCUGUCUAUUUUUCUACAGAAAGAGAAAAUUGAAGUACAUCAGAGCAGGUUUGUUUGAAUUGUUCGCUUUUUGUUGGAUUUCUUGUGAGAGAGGGUUGAGUAACUAGAAACUGACGUUCAUUAUGCGUUGCAUGCCUACAUUACAAUUGUAAGCUCUUUUUCAGCGUUUGAUAGUAUCAUUUCUCUUUUUCUUGCCUUUGAAGGAUUACUCAGUUAGAGGAUGCCUUGCGACGUAAUCAGUACGCGCUGGAGAAAGCUGCAGAGGAACAACAGGUUCUUAUUUCAUUUUGUCCUUUUUGUGUUUAUAUUCAGUGCAGGACUAACUUCAGCUCGAUUUGGAUCCCAAAAUAGUGGCUCGUUAGGAUAUAAAAACACAAACAGGACAGUAGUGGGGAAGGAGCACUGAAGUCUAAGAAGGGAAAAAAUUAAAAUGGAUUGUAAAUGACCACAAAGUAUGAACUCAAUAAGGAAGAACAAGGGAAGAGAAAAUGAUAAGCCAAGAAGGAAAAAAAGUUGGCUUAGGACGGAGGACGGAUGGCAAUUAGGAACCGAGAAAUUUGAAAUUUUUUUAAUUGUUUUUAUUUUAUGUGUGUGUCUCGUCGUAGUCUGGACUGCAAAAGUUGGAUGACCAGCUGGAUCGAGUUAUUGAGCAAGUUUGCAGGGACUCGGACAUGCCUCUUCCGGUGAGUGCUUCAAUUUUUCAGUCGAUCGGUCGGUCAUUAGGUCUGUGACUCAGUUAAUAAAUCAGGCGGACAGACAGUUCGUUAGUAAGUCGGUCAGUCUGUCCGUUAGUCAAUCAAUGUCAUACAUCAGUCAGUCAGAAAUUCUGUUUUCAUGUGGUUAUUCGAGCUGACGAGAGGGAAGUAAAGGAAGCUAGACCCCAACAGGACUGAAUGGAUGCGAACAAUUGCUCCGGAAAAAAAAACAGUUUCUGACCAAAGUUAUUUGUUUCCAGUCUCUCUUCUCAAGUGGAAGCAUAAGAAAUAAUUCCCAAAACUGGAUUGCCGAGAUGAUAGUGAGUACAAUUAUUUUUAAUUUAAUCUUGUUUUCCAGGGAAGGUUGUUGAGGAGCGAUCAACCGCGAAAAAAAAAACUGUCUUCUGAAUUAAAAGGUUGACCCCUUGGAUCCGCAAAACUGUAUAUCUUGGAUCUUCCCUUGUUCACUUGCAGUCUUUGCCUUCUUUUUAGCUGGAAUUUGGCUUUUCUUUGUUUUAAAGGGUAAAUUUCGAUGGCUCUCUGAAGAGCUGAAGGCUCGCUUGCUGUCGGAGCGGAGGCUUAAGGAACAAGCCGAGUGGAGCCACAAGAGAAUACGGGUUAGUAAUACGUCUGAGCACGUGGAUAGACCAUUCUUAUCUCACGUGACAUGUAACCAGGCCUCUCUUUUAUGAAAGCGGGGUUUGGGGUAUCCUCUUACAUAGAGACGUGGAAUAAGUUAGCCUGAGUGAAUUUCUUAUCAAAAGAAGCAAAGUUUGAAUGGCAACAAAUUCAACUUAAGUCCUAUUUCUUCUUGGCUUGGCGACUUAAGUACACGACUGUAAAUUGAACUAUAGUGUGACAUCUGGGUCGUCUUGGACUUGGAAAAAAAUAUUAUAUUGCUUGUCUUUUCUAGGAUGUUGUCCUGAAGGCGGAUGAGGAUAAAGAAUACUUUAUAUCAGAACUUGACAAACAGAGCAUGCUUCUUGAUGAGCUUGCAGCUCAAAAGAAAGGUAAACGAAGCAAGAAACGUGAUGUGGUUCGAUUUCUCGUGGAAGACUCAGAUUUCUUUGUUCCACGGUGCAACUUUUAACAUUUAUUUUCGUGAGCAUGAUCGGAGGGAGAGGGACCCCCGGACCUUUCUCCUGGAGCCGCCAUAGUGACUAUCCCUUCCCUUUGAACUUUAAACUCCCUUACGUGAUUAAACUGUAACUUCUCCCCGUGAUUUCAGUACAUCACCCCGCAAGCAGGUGAUGAGAACAGACAAGCUCAUCCGCUUGAGGAUGUUAUCUUGAUAUAAGGCCAAAUUCUCCUGUCUUAUUUACAGGGAUCUCUGUGGUAGUCAGUAGGGAGAAUUACUAACUGGAUGUUGCGAGUUAAAGGGUUAAAGGCAACAGUAUUAUCAGUGGGUCGCAUGUUAUCAGUUGUCGGCGACAUGUCGCCACCCCACCAACAGAACAUUCAGAUUCACACCUUUUGCACUUUGGUAAUGUAAAUGUCGAAUUCUCUAUCGAAAUUUUUAAUAUGUUCUUAUUCAUGUAGGAUUGGAAUCCAAAAAUAAACAGAACAACGACAACAUCAAAACUCUUCAGGUAAUAUUUCUUGCCUACUUCUGAUAGUAGUAUGAGUUUUUUUAGACAAGUGCAUAUCCUCAAAUUUGUUUUUAUCUCGUCACUCUUAGGACAGAAUAACUCAACUGACCACGCAUCUUGAGACGGUAAGAACGUAGUGCAAGUUUACCCAUAGCUUUAAGCGCUCAGUGUGGAGGCGCGGUGGCCUCAUGGUUAGUGCGCUCGACUCCGGAUCGGGUGGUCCGGGUUCGAGCUCUGGCCAGGGUCAUUGUGUUGUGUUCUUAGGCAAGACACUUAACUCUUCACCCAGGUGUACAAAUGAGUACCAGCAAAUGUGCUGGGGGUAACCCUGCAAUGGACUAGCAUCCCAUCCAGGGGGGAGUAGCAAUACUCCUAGCGGCUUCAUGAUAAGAAAACCGGAGUUAAACACCGGCCCAAUGGGCCACUUGGGCCCGUAUAAAGGCUUUUACUUUUGAAGCGCUCAGAGUGACUAGAAUCUAACUGAAUUUCUCUUAUCAAUGUCGCCCGUGAAUCAAACAGUUAGGUUACAAGAGCAAAAGGAAUGAUCAUAAACUUAAGAAGCUCUUGAUCGUGAAACAUAUUCUCCCUCUCAUUUCCCAUGGAAAUGUAUAGAGAACAUUAUCGAGAAUGUGUAUACUGAUGUUAGGCUGUAAAGGGUUGAGAAGGAUUCCUUUUUCUGUGCUCUGAGUCCUAGAGUUGUUGGAUUCGCGUGUAGUUUUAUAGACGAGGUGUUUGUGGUUCUAUCUGCAGAGCACGCGAGCGCUACACGCUACGGCGGAAGCUUUGGAUGAUCGUCAAAAGGUCAUAGAGGAAUUUGAAGGGUUACGGGUAGGUUUUCAGAAAGCUACUAAAUAGAUAAAUUUUUAAUUGAGCGUGGACAGUAAUCUAGGACUGCAUUGGUUUUGAUCUACGUCGCCCUUUGAUUGGUCCAGAAAUCUUGCCUCAUCCUAUUCCUCUCCUCUCCUCAUUCUCGUGGCAACCAAUGAGAUUAAAACUAAAAGGAGUCACGAGUUGGUCAUGUGCGUUUUCCAACACUCAAGUUAGUAUGCAUUUUCUAUUCCUGUGUCCUCACUGGGUCCUCGUGAUACUUUUCUUUGUUCAUUUUUCGGCCGUUUUUUUUAACGACACACAAUCGCACGAAGUGUGCGUUAGGAGCGUAAGUCUCAGACCUCGGCAGGAUUCAAAGCUAUGGCAUCAUGUUGGGAGACAGGAAGCCCCUCCCUCCCCUAAGGAUGGCAUCGAUGCGACCCCUUUUUAAAGGUUUCUUUUAACUUUAAUACUCUUUUUCCUUUUUUUUUCAGGGCGAACAGAGAGAACGAGACAAACUUCACGACAAGUAUGUCAGGUGAGCUACACAUUUUUGUCAGCGUAUUAUUUUUUUUUAAGGGAGCUUGUUAGAUACCCAAUAAGUGUGUGCAGGUUACAAUGUUUCGCAGCAUCGCCCCAUUUAAUUUUUCUUUCGCAUUAGUUGCAGCAACAAGUUGAUCAGCUCAAGUUUAUUUUUCCUACCAGAUAUAAAGAAAGAGUUGGAAGUAUUCGACGAGAACUUCAAGGAGCGAAAUCAAUGGCGGAAGAUUAUAGGGUAGGUGAUGGUCAUGUGACUGAUUUACGUUGUGUAAUUGUGAAUAUGGAGUAUUUUUGCUUCGAAAGCAAGAAGAAUUUAUUAAAACUUUUAAAUUGUUUUUGCGAAAAAAUUUCAAUCGUGCCUGUGGUUUAUGUAUUGAUCAAGGCCACAAGCAGCGGCAACAAUUGUUGAUAAAGUACUUUGAAGUUACAAAACUCUGGAAUGACAAAUUUUGUCGCCAAUACCUUUACUUUCAUCCCAUCUCUUGCAAUUUUUUUUCCUGUGAUUGUACAAAUUUAGGCUACUUACUUCUUUGGUUAUCAGCUAUGUUAUAUCCAACAUUAAAACUAAUUGGAUGAUGGUUAAGUUUUCAUCUCGUUGACACCGGAAUUUAUGUUGAAUAACUUAAAAGAAGAAUAUUGAAUCCAACUGAACGUGUGUUUUAUUACCCUUCACAGCAAGAGAGUCUAGACGCCAGUAAUUUGUCCACGAAAUUGUUAGAGGUAGGUGUAUAAGCCUCGGUAACCGCAUUUGUGAAUUAGUUUUUAAAGGCACUUUCAUUCAUUCCUCCCUUUCCGCAGAGUUUAGAGAGACGAGGUGGCCCCACGUUUAGCGCGCUGGGGCUUGGGUCGAGAGGCCUCAAGACCUGUCCACAUCAUUGUAUUGUGUUCUUGGGCAAGACACAUUACUCUACCAAUGCUCCACUCCACCCCACCCGGGAGUACGAAUGGUUACAGGGAGUCGGCGGGGAGGGGGGGGAAGGGGUGGGGAGGGAAUUUGUCAUAGAUAGACUGUCAUUCUACCUGGGGGAAGAAACAAUCCUUCUGGUCGCUUUAUACUACAGAAACUGUGAUAAACUGCUUCUGAAUGAGGCACUUGGCUCCAAUGUCGACGUAACCCUUCUUUUUUCUCUUUUGCAGAGUUUGGAUCGCAUUUCAAGUCCAAAAGCAAAACAGCGGCGACUUCAUCAGUUUCCAGACACACCCCCAACCAACCUCAGGUAGGGAAUGGGUGUUCAAAAUAAGAGUACUCUUGAAUUUCGUACAAGCCCCGCUAUUCAGCCGAUAUACUUUGAUAGAAAGUCGCAAGCCGACUAAAUAAGCCCCUGAUAUCCUUAGACCCUAUGAGUCCUAAGAGUUAUCCAUAAAGAACUUCUUCUUACGUUAUCAAUACAUUUUUAAGCAGAACGGUGAUGAGAAGUAAGAAAAUGAUCAAGUUGGACUUUGGUUUGAUUUAACAACCAAAAUUAUGAGAAAGUGAUGUCAGACUACCGAGAAUUGAUGUUUAGAUUUAGAGAUUGCAAGGGUACACAGGGUCGCACACCCAGUAGAGGUGGGAGAGGGGAGUUUGUUAGUGCGUAGAACAAAGUUCACUUUCAAAUAAUCUUUUUCGCAGUUUUUUUUUGGAGUGCAAUACUACACACACGCAGAAGAUGCAGAGAAGCCAUAUGUUCAACGCUUAGUCAAGAAUGAUUGCUAUGAUAUUCAUUAUUGACAUUUUUUUUGUAGACCUUCCACAAGUAAAAGUAGCACAAUUCCUGAGUGGUCUCCAUCGUCAGAGAACACAAUUUCCACCGUCUAUGAGAGUAAGUUAACCUGUUGGAGCGUUUGGCCUUAUAACUGAACUGUUAAAUUGUUGGGAAGUGCAAUGGACGCGUUUAACUUUUUGAUCGGCUUUGAUUACAAUUACGUGUAACGCGCUCGUUCAAGUGAAUUGUGAGAAUUUAAAGAUUCAGUUUUGUCAACUAUUCCAAAAGCCUCCACUCCUUCACUCCCCCACGUAACUCACCCAAAACCCUCCACCCCCUCCCUUCACGCAACUCACCCAAAACCCUCCACCCCCUCCCUCCAUAUAUAUUGAAUGGUCCUUAACCCUUUAACUCCCAAGAUCUCAUUAGUAAUUCUCCUUACUAUCUGCCAUAUAAUUCAUGUAAUGUUAAUUCGGAGCAUUUGGUAUUGGAUCAACUAAUAAUCCCGUAAUUGAUAUUUUUCUUUGUUCUCAUCACUUGUUGGCUUGAUAUUCUAUUGAUAUUGUAGGGAGAAAUUCUCUCUUGGUCACUCACGGGAGUUAAUUUAAAAGGUUAAAUGAAUAGAGCCAAGGCCUUGAUUUUUCGCUCUGCGUGAUUUAACUAGUUUGUUUGUGUUUUUUUGUUUUGUUUUGUUUUGUUUUUUAGACCCUUCACCAUUGACUUCCCCCUUGAAAGCAGACAGAAAAAGAUCGCAUAAGUUACAGGAAUAUCGUUCGAAAGGACCCAUAUCGAGCGCAGACUUAGACUAUAAAGAACGAUAGCAGUACUAUCAGCGCUCGUCAUGGACUGAGGUAGAUAUUCUUCAAUUUUUACACUCGAUUGCAAAAACGUUGACACGCAACAAGCGUUUAUAAUGAACGAUGAGACUCAGUAGUUUUAGGGGUCAAAUGUAGAUGAUAACCAUAAGUUGGACGUAAUGAAUGAUAAGAGCUAUCCAAACUUUCCCGGAAGAAAACGUUUUAUCAUGAGAAAAGAUUUUUCCAUGAAUAAUGAGAGAAGUAAAUCACUGAUUAUGUAUCUGUGCGAACAUUUCCCAUAAAGGUGUUGGGUCUUGUCGUUCGUGAAUCAAGCUUAUUAGGUGUCAACGUUUUUGCAAUCGAGUGUCCAUGCUCAAUUUAAAAAAAAAAUCUAACACCUUAAAAGCUUUAACCAACAAGGAUGGGGCUCAAUGGCAUGAAGACAGCAGCCACUAUCAGUUGAGCGUAAUGAACGAUUGAAGCUAAUCCAAGUUUUCCUGAAAGUAGAGGAUCAUCAUGAAAAAUAUUUCCUAUGAAUAACGAGAAAAGGAAAUUACUAAUUAUGUAAAUGCCCGAACGCUUCCCGAAGCUCGUUUUGUGUCAUCCUUGGUGCAUUUAAAGUGUGGAAGUUAUUGCAACCGAGUGUAUACAGAAAUUAUUGACGUCCGAAUUCUUCGGUUUAUUUUACUUAUGUGGAAAUUUUAUUCUUCAGGUUCUGAGAACCAGUGUUGAUCACCACACACUGCUUGACGAUUGUAGGAUAUAUAUUUAAGAUGUUAAUGGUAUAAAUAGUUAAUGGAUUGUAACGACGUAUUGUACGUAUUUUUAUUUAUGUGACAACACUGAUCUUACGUAUAUUCCACCAUCCAAAACACAAACAAACAAAUGAAACGGUUAAACCACAUAGAAAAAAAUGAGCGAAAACGAAAUUAAUAUAUUGUGGCUACAAAAUUUGUAGUCGUCUUUUAAAUUUAUUGGUUGAUUUAUUCACAAUGAAAUACACUGUGAUAGUCUCGUGUGGUUUUAGAGUUAAUUGUGAAGAUAUUGUAAAGUUAAAUCCAAUAGACACUUAAUAAUGUUAGUGAGAUUUAGUUUAACGUUUAGCCCAAACGCGAACAGCAAAAAUAACCUCAUGUUUCAUUUAUUUGCUUCUCAUUCAUAAAUGGAUUUCACAGAUAAAAGGGAAAAAUAUUUCCUAAAAAAGGCUGUGGUUACUCGUUAUGUUAAAAAAAAAAUACCGAAAAUGUAAUAGUAUUAUUGUUGUUUUUUUCAAGAUGUAGUCACUUACUUCGAUCGCAAUGUUUUUCGAUUCUGCUUGUCUUCCUCAAGCGUUGAGGUGGACU